CGCUGAACAACGGGAGACGGCCUGUCCGGUGAGUGAGUACGCCGUCAACUGCUCGCCGGGGCGCUGCGUGGAAGGGCAGCGUCGCCGCACGUCGAGCCGGGGAACUAGUUUGCUUUCGACUGCCUUUUAUUUUUUUUUUAAGUUCCCCGUCAUCUCAAUUCCCCCUUAACUUGCCGCCUUACUCUUCAC